AUGACUUCCAGACACCUCACCAUCUCCAGCGACGACGCUCGCCAAACGACCAUCGUCGACGAGCUCACUCAGAUUGAGUACCAUAUCGACACUCCGUUCAAGUGGUUCUCGCGCCCUACCACUACCAUCUCCAAAGCGCCUUGCAGACAGCAAGAUGACCACUCAGGGCUCAAUCUCGACUCAGAGAUCAUUGCUACCAUCGAAUGGCACGCUCUCCGGGCGACCGUGUUCCAUAUUGGAAACCGAGUGGUGAGCUCACGCAACUUUAUCCCUUCUCGGGAACAUCUCUCCAGAGAGCGACACUUUAUAGGACCCGACAUGAUAUCAUACUUCUGGAAACUGGAUACGGGUGUCCCAUCCCUUCAAGUCGAAGGUAGCCUCGAACUCUACCGAGACGACAACUCUGAUACCUGCAUUGCGAGCUACAAACGCGGCGAAGUCCGCGUGUUUGACACGCGAGACCCAGGGUGCCUGGAGAUCACCCCCGAAGGCGAACACAUGAUCGACAUGAUCGUGAUCACCUUCGUUUACGUGGAGAAGCUGCGUAUGGAUAUGGAGGCUCGCGCACGCGCCCUUGCCUCCGGAGGUACUUCGAGUCCUUAGGGUCUACAGCCUGAUUAAUUGCCUACGACGCAAAGUACGUGAUUUCAUAUCGGUUGGUUCGGCAAACCUCGUUGCGCUCCGAGCUCGUCAUAUUCGUACGCCCAGGGCGGGUGGCAGGCAUUGCACGAUCGGAGUUGAAUGUCCAGCUUCUCGCAGCUUGACAUCGAUGAUUGAUGCUCGUGAUAAACAUUGGACGUCUUUGGACGUCCAAGCUUCGACCAGCAACAUAGCUACCUCCCUAGCUAUUCAUUACCAGUGGGGAGGGAUACAAGGCACAGCUUCGCAAAUUCUAGGUGCGACUGUUCGCAGUCGUUUCUGGGAGUAGAUAGGGAUGUUCAUCUUCAUGCAGGCUAAUCUUAUGCAAAGGGACAGACAGAGG